CUACUUUCUACCAGUGUUGAAAUUGCAUUCACCAUGGCCAACGCAGUAGCAUCCUCAUCGAGGACAAGGCGGCAGAACGAACCAUCUCAAAGGUCUCCUCGGCCAAACGGCGAGACAGAGAGUGACGAGGAAGAGUCAGAGCGGCAAGCCAAACCUCGUAUCUUAGUUGAAGCAGGAUGGACAAAUGCAACCUUUGUGAACCGCCCCAUCGUCAAAUCUACGGCGUUAAUCAACAAGAUCAUCAAACUUCAGGCAGAUUUGACGCAGGUGAUCGUGGAAAUCAACGAAGGAUUGGAACGAGCGCGAGAUUUGGCAAGAGAAAUUGAAGAGUGCAGCGAGGACGAUGAUAUGAUCAAGAGCAUUGAGAAGAAUUUUCUGCGGAAUCUCGAACAGAGACAGCUCAUCCAGAUCCAGCACGAUGUGCUUGGGGAGAUGUCAUUGAAGCUCAGGGCAAAUGAGGAGCUUGUCGACGCGGACAGUUACUACGAGAACAGAUGUGCAGAGCUGUCCGCGCAGUACGAGGCCAAGACGGCGAGAGCAAAGUUCAAAGAAUCUGAAGACUACCAAUCCUUCCGCGCUCUGAUCUGGGAAAUUAAUCAUGAGGAAGGUGGACCGCCAAUUACAUUCUACCUUCCUAAAGAGGACGGAGAUGAGUCAGACGAAGACUUUGAGAUGGGCAGUAUGGUUCAAACAUACAGGUGCCCGAUCACGCUACUGCCCUUCAAGGAGGCUGUCACCAGGUUCGUAGUGACCUGGCAUUGUUCUUAUCGAAGAUCCACACUGAGCCCCCCCCUUAGUGUCACCUGUAAACACUCGUUUUCCAGACAGGCGAUACUUGAAAUGUUUGACCAGCAAAGGGCUCGGGCGGCCGCGAGUACGAUCAAUUGUCCCGUCAGCGGAUGUAAAGAGAAGCUGGCAAGGCACGAUCUUAAGGACGAUCCUCGAUUGCAAAAGCUAUGUGAUGCUGCUGAAAAGCGAAAAGCCUUGUAUGGCCAUGACGACGGUGACGAUUCUGAGGCGGAGCUCAUCGACGACGAUGACGAUUGAAGUUCCGAGGGCUCCUUUGUGGAGAACCUACUAUGACAUUACGAUGAUACAGUUGAGAUGUGGUUUAACGAUGCUACAGUGAUAAUGUUCUAU